AAAGCUUUGCAUUUUUCGUCCAGUUCAUAUUUCAAAUUUCAAAUUUGCAACAUGGAUACUUCAAAAGGAACAACUGAAGGUGUUAACGAGCAAGGUGGAGUGGAGGUCAAGGUGGACACAGUGGAUUUCCGAUCACCGGCCGGAGAUGACAAAGAACCCGUGAAGGAGAAGGUGGAGAUACUUCAUGAGAUCGACGACGGAGGAGCAAAUUCUGGAAAGACCGGGGCUGCUGGCUUUGUGGAAAAAGCAGCUACUGCAGUUGCUGAUACCUUUAAGUCAGCCAAGGAUGCUGUUUCUGGAAAACCCAAGGAUGCUGCUGUUGCUGAAAAACCCAAGGAAGCUGUUGCUGAAGAUAAGACCACGAAAUGAAUCUUCAAGAAGGAAGAGUCAGCUAAAACUAGCAUUUCAUGAUUUAUUGUAGAGAAGAGAUGCUUUAUUCAUGAAUAUAUGACUUGUUAAUUGUAUGCAUUGUAUCAAGUGAAUUUACCCAAAUCAGAAUAAUCAAAGGAUGCGUUGUCUGUUUGUCCAAA